UGCCCUUAAACCAUACAUAAGGACGAAGCAUUAUUCAGGCCAGUCUAUGCUCUUUGGAAGAACAAGAGAGAAAAAAUAAGGGAAAAAAAGCCAAACUUUGAAAAACACACAAUACAACAUCAUUAGGGUUGUUAUCUACCAUGUUUCUCAAGUACAAGUUCAGCUUCCUCUUCUUCCUCCUCGUCUCGACCUCGCUCUUAUCAACUACUUUCGCUGCAGGGAGACCUUCUAAGUUGGUUCCUCAGGCUGCUACUGGUGGAGUUGUGCAUCAGGAUGGAAGGAGGAAGAGAAUGGGUGAAAUGGAAGACAUCCAUGAAAGGCUUCUGAGGGCAAACACCAAAGAUUAUGGAAGGUAUGAUCCAGCUCCAGCUUUUGUGAAGCCUCCUUUCAAGCUCAUCCCCAACUGAUGAAACAAAAA